AUGAGAAUCUCAAGUCUGCUAGCGUUGGCUACGGCUGCAAGUGCAGUCUCGGUGCCGCGCUCCAAGCAAUCAUCUCCUACCUCACUCUCUAAUGUGACUGUCUUCACUCCACCUUCCAAUUACAAUAUCCCGCGCACACUCUACCCGAGAAACGAACAGCUUCCGAAUGGGGAUCUUUUGGCCACUUGGGAGAAUUAUUCCCCGGAGCCACCGUUAGUCUACUUCCCUAUCUACCGCUCCAAGGACCAUGGGAAAUCUUGGAAGGAGAUCUCUAGAGUCCAGGAUACCGCCAAUGGAUAUGGCCUGCGUUACCAGCCAUUCCUUUACUAUCUGCCGGAGCGCGUCGGUUCAUUCAAGAAGGGAACCCUGUUGCUGGCAGGUAGUAGCAUUCCGACUGAUCUUUCUUCCACAAACAUCGAUUUAUACGCAUCGUCGGAUGACGGCGUGACCUGGAAGUUCGUCAGCCAUAUCGCCGCUGGAGGGAGAGCAGAGCCAAUCAACGGACUCACUCCUGUGUGGGAGCCAUUCUUGCUUGCUCACAACGGCAAGCUUAUUUGCUACUACUCCGAUCAGCGAGACAAUGCCACAUACGGACAGACGAUGGUCCACCAGACCUCAUCCGACCUAAAGAAGUGGGGAGCUGUCAUCGAAGAUGUCGCUUAUCCCACAUACACCGACCGACCUGGAAUGCCCGUCGUGACCAAGCUCCCGAACGGCAAAUACUUCUACAUUUAUGAAUACGGCUCUUUCUUCGGCACUUCAAGCUACUCAUUCCCUCUCUACUAUCGGAUUACAUCUGAUCCCGAGAAUGUUGCUGCGGCCCCUCAUCAACGCCUGGUUGUCUCCAGCGGUACACAGCCAACCUCCUCGCCGUACGUUGUAUGGACGCCGUAUGGUGGCAAGAAUGGCACUAUCAUUGCAAGCUCCGGAACACAGAGUACUUUGUUCAUCAACAAGGCUCUUGGAGAAGGUGAAUGGACAGAGAUCGCAUCUCCCGAAGAACAUGGAUAUACGCGGUCUCUGAGGGUACUGUCCGAGGGUGGUGGUCGCUAUCUGGUUGUGAACUCUGCAGGUGUUUUGUCGGGGACAAACAACCGGGUGUCAGUGAGUGUGAUGGAUUUAAAAAAGGUAUUGUAA